UCAUGAUGUUGCGGCUUUAUAAGCCUGCAUCCCGAUCAAUCUGGCUGCUCAGCCUUGAGUCCUAAACGUUGCGAUACUGUGACCACAAUAUAGCGGACUACCAAAAUGAAUACCUUGAUCCCAUGUAUUGGCCUCUCACUCCUAUCCACCAUUGACUUAGUGUAUGGAGUUCCCAGUCCUGUGGACCCAACGAUCACACCUGCCCCCUUACUUCCAAGGGCCGUAGAUAGCCUCGUUGGAUAUUACUUGAACAAUUCAGUAUCAUCAUAUGAACCGUUGUAUUGUCUUGGUUCUAGUGGACCCUCGACUUGGUCUACGACUUCGACAUGGGGGUACUGCUGUCCUGAGACUGGAGUAUGCUCCCAGUUUGUGACAUCUUGCAGCGGCAAAUUUGCGGUGAGAACAAACGGGGUAAAAGUUAAAAUUAUAGCAAUACGGACGGUGGGGCUGAUUGCAACACCGAUUUCGUGUUUGCGACUCUGGGCGACUCGUAUCCAACUUUUUGGGUAGGAUGUGUUGAUGCCGGCCAGACCCAAGGGAGCUACUUUCGGACGGAGCCUCGUCGUACAACUUCGAAACCAUCGGAAUCGUCGAAGCCAUCCCCCUCAUCUUCAAGGACAACUACCACGACAUCCACAAACCCAAGUCCUACUCCCUCCUCGAAUCCACCUCCCGGCCC